UACCGUUUGUUGUUCGUUCACGACACCGUUCGAUUUUUGGCUGUUUUUUUACUAGUUUGCAUGCUUUUUAAAAAUUUUGCUAUUCGGCCUUAAUAAACCUUUUUCUCAGUGUUCUAAUUAUGCAGUAAACGUUAAUUGUGGAUGUACGCUUUGUAACUGGAAACGACGCGCGUGACUUUCACGUGCGCAUAAUGUAUUCGCAGAACAGCGAUGGCCGCGACUCCGGCCUGUCGUCCUGCAGCGACGAUACGCCCGUCCUGACCCUGCGCGAUCUCUUCGACGAGCGGCGGGCCCGGGGCGAAAAUCUCAAGGGCGAAUGCGAUGUCUACGAGCCGGACAUGAUGGGGAAGCCCUCCCCCCAGUGGACCAUGACAUUCGAUCUGGCCAAAGGCUGUGCCGUCUUCUCCAAGGUGGACGAGUGCUGGGGCAUGCGCGGCGUGCCGCCGCAUGUGGCUCUGUGUAUCCGGCUGUGCGAGAUGGUGGUGGACGGGACGGUGAUGAUCAUCCCCACGCUGUACCACUGCGAAGUGUCCCAGCAUCCGCUGAACGAAUGGUGGACGAUGCAGGCCAUCGGGAAGCGCAGUGUCACGGGAUGGGUGGAUAUACUGCUGCUCAAGCAGUUCCUGGAGACGUGCCUUAUCGAGAAAGUGAAGCAGAUUGAGGACGAACUGGGCGGCCCGGUUAUGCUGGGCGUGGACGGCAAGGAAGACGCAGAAUUAUCUUUGGAAGACGAGGAAGAGCAAAAAGCGGCACCAGUCGGACUUGCAGUACAAGUACAGCAUGUGACGCUCCCGGUUGAAAAGGAGCCUGUUUUACCGGCGGAAGUUGGGGCCGGUGCAGAUUCUCCGCGAGGCCUGGCCAAAUGCCGGUUUUGUGACCUGGAGCGACGACCGGACAAAUUGCCGGCCCAUGAAAAAUACUGUAUGCGCAAGAGGAAAAUGGAAAAUCGCCGCGAAUUUGCCUGGACGGUGGGCAAGCGGGCUUAAUUCAUGCACAGCGGUUAACGUUUCUUGUUUACGCGCUAUUGAGCGUUAUUCUUCUGUUCUGCUUGGUCUCUAAAAUUUCUAAACUUGACAGUUUCGAUUCUUCAGUUUUUCUUGAGAAUUUUCAGUGUAAAUAUCGGUACAACGUGAUAGAUUUUCUCCUUUUUCUUGUGUUUUAUACUUAUGGUUAGUCAAGAGAUUUUGCCUUGGUUUGGAGUGUACGGUUUUGUAGUCCAGAAUUGUGUACCAUUCGGAUACUUUGAGACUUGUGAAACUAUGGUGGAAAGAUUAUGUUGCAGUCGAAUUAAAAGCAAA